GAUUAUCACAUUUUCACUUUCAAUAUUUCUUUCUCGCUCAAUUAGUUUAAUGAUCUUAUAAUUUGCGCGAAAUGCGAAAAUCAAACAUAAUUCCACAUAUCUGAUUCGAUUAAUUGCUACUUGAAAAUUUCGAAAUUCGGUGGAUUGGAAACCCUAGAUCUCGGCUAAAUUUCUUCGAUCGAUUUCGAAGCUCAUUUUGAGGUUUGAAUUUCUUCGGUGAAUUUAGAUCCACUGGUUCAAAGAUGCCGGUGGCAGCUUCUGCAAUCUACUUCUUGAAUCUUCGUGGUGAUGUUCUUAUCAAUCGCCUCUAUCGCGACGAUGUCGGGGGAAACAUGGUUGAUGCAUUUCGGAUGCAUAUUAUGCAAACGAAGGAGCUUGGUACUUGUCCCGUGAGGCAGAUAGGAGGUUGUUCUUUCUUUUAUAUGAGAAUUAGCAAUGUGUACAUUGUAAUUGUCGUCAGCAGCAAUGCUAAUGUAGCUUGUGCUUUCAAGUUUGUUGUUGAGGCUGUGAAUCUUUUCAAAUCCUACUUUGGUGGGCAAUUUGAUGAAGAUGCUAUUCGCAAUAAUUUUGUUCUGAUAUACGAGUUGUUAGAUGAAAUAAUGGAUUUUGGCUACCCACAAAAUCUUUCACCUGAAAUUCUAAAGCUCUACAUUACUCAAGAGGGAGUACGCUCACCAUUCUCGUCGAAGCCUGCCGAUAAACCAGUGCCAAAUGCAACUUUGCAAGUUACAGGUGCCGUUGGCUGGCGAAGAGAAGGUCUUGCUUAUAAAAAGAAUGAGGUGUUCCUAGAUAUUGUGGAAAGUGUCAAUCUUCUUAUGUCUUCAAAAGGUAGUGUGCUACGUUGUGAUGUUACUGGAAAGAUUCUUAUGAAGUGUUUUCUCUCUGGAAUGCCUGAUUUGAAGUUGGGAUUAAAUGAUAAAAUUGGUCUUGAGAAAGAGUCACAGUUGAAAGCACGUCCGGCAAAGAGUGGGAAGACUAUUGAGCUGGAUGAUGUAACCUUCCAUCAAUGUGUGAAUUUGACGAGGUUCAACUCGGAGAAGACUGUCAGUUUUGUUCCUCCAGAUGGUGAAUUUGAAUUAAUGAAAUAUCGUAUAACUGAGGGUGUUAACCUCCCUUUCCGGGUAUUGCCAACAAUCAAGGAAUUGGGCAGGACACGCAUGGAAGUAAAUGUUAAGGUCAAGAGUGUCUUUGGUGCGAAGAUGUUUGCUCUUGGAGUGGUGAUCAAAAUCCCAGUUCCCAAACAAACUGCAAAAACAAGCUUCCAAGUGACAUCGGGUAGAGCAAAGUAUAACCCUUCCAUUGAUAGUUUGGUCUGGAAGAUUAGAAAAUUUCCUGGCCAGACAGAGUCAACCUUAAGUGCUGAGGUUGAGUUGAUUUCUACCAUGGGAGAGAAGAAGUCCUCAACAAGGCCACCAAUUCAAAUGGAAUUCCAGGUCCCUAUGUUCACAGCAUCAGGGUUACGUGUUCGUUUCCUCAAGGUAUGGGAGAAAAGUGGGUACAACACCGUUGAAUGGGUUCGUUAUAUAACAAAGGCCGGUUCUUAUGAGGUCAGGUGCUAAAACAGUUGAGAUUGGCGCAGAGAAGGUUUUUUCUUUGGGGGCGUUGAGAUUUUUCCAAGAGGUUAAAGUAAUUAAUGUCGAUAUAUCAAGUUCACGCUUCCUCUUGCCUGGCUAAUCUUCUGCAGAAAUUCUUUUUACAUUUUUCUUAUCAUCAUCAUCAUCACAUCUUUUCUCCCCCUUGUAUUAUUAGUCAUUCAGUGUCGUUGAUAGUGUAGUAUGUUGAUAUGAUUGUUUGCAUUAUAUAGUGUGGAAAUGAUAAGGUCUUUUGUAAAGAAUGAUUUCAGAUUUAAGCUACGGGAAGUGCAGAGUUUUGAAUUUUCAUCUCUGUUUGGGGAGUUUUUUUCUCCACAGUGAUUUUAUUUUGCUUAAGUCUAUCCUUGUGAGAUUAGUUUU